CCGCGCUGCCCAACCAUGGUCAACCCUACCGUGUUCUUUGACAUCGCCGUCAACGGCGAGCCCUUGGACCGCGUCUCCUUUGAGCUGUUUGCGGACAAAGUUCCAAAGACAGCAGAAAACUUUCGUGCUCUGAGCACUGGGGAGAAAGGCUUUGGUUAUAAAGGUUCCUGCUGUCACAGAAUAAUUCCGGGAUUUAUGUGCCAGGGUGGUGACUUCACAUGCCAUAAUGGCACUGGUGGCAAUUCCAUCUACGGGGAGAAAUUUGAUGACGAGAAUUUCCUCCUGAAGCAUACGGGUCCUGGCAUCUUGUCCAUGGCAAAUGCUGGCCCCAACACAAACGGUUCCCAGUUUUUCAUCUGCACUGCCAAGACUGAGUGGUUGGAUGGCAAGCAUGUGGUCUCUGGCAAGGUGAAAGAGGGCACGAAUACUGUGGAAGCCAUGGAGCGCUUGGGGUCCAGGAAUGGCAAGACCAGCAAGAAGAUCACCACUGCUGACUGUGGACAAAUCUAACAAUAAGUUUGACUUGUGUUUUA